ACACACGUCUUACGUCAACUCAAAAUCGAAGUAGAUUUCUCCAGGCGUACUCUUUAUUUUCUGCACUGCAAUAAACAUUUUGUACAUACAUUCUUUAACAUGGUAUGUUUGAAACCUAGGGAGCGUGCCGCUGUAAAGGAGCAUCCUUAAGGAAUACCUCGUAUGGGAUCGAAAUCUACGCUUCUUUCAGCUAAGCUAACGUUACUGCAUCUAUUAGCAAAACUUGCUAGCUAAGACGCUAGCGCUAGCAUUUAGCUGUACCUACCGUCGAGCUAGCUAUGCAUUAGCACUUUAGCCUAGCUCGCUAACCAGUGACAACUGACAAAGGGCACGGAUGAUGUGAUACGGAACAUGCCAGAGUGAAAAAUUUUUUUUUCCUGUUUGUGUCAUUACCAACUACUACUGACACACACUUUCAGCCUCACUUCUUAAGACAUCUUCCCAAUAAUCCACACGGCGUCCCUGUCUGCAGUUUCUUCUGCACCAUGUGAGGGCCCCUCGGUCCAGUCUGAGGGGAUCCCAGGACUGUUACAAAUACGACCCCGCUGUGCGGGGUGAGACUGAUACUGUCUGUGUCUGAGAGAACAGUCUUUCCCAUACCCCCCUCCCCAUCCACACAUUCCUGUUCUCCUUACCGAGGAGACACGCCAUGAUGUUCCGAGACCAGGUAGGUAUCCUCACAGAUUGGUUCAAGGGCUGGAAUGAGUGUGAACAGACGGUGGCACUGUUGUCCCUCCUGAAGAGGGUGUCCCGCACCCAGGCUCGCUUCUUACACAUCUGCCUUGAACACUGGCUAGCAGACUGCACAGAGAUCCACAUCCUAGAAGCUGAGGCCAACAAUGCAGCAAUUGUCAGCCAGUGGCAUCAGGAGCCAAAGGAGAAAGUUGUGUCCUUGCUGCUGUCCCAUCUGCCUCUGCUGCAGCCACGCAACAGCGAGGCCAAAUGUGAGUACAUGAAGCUGCUGCAGAAGGUGUUGAGUCACACUAUUGAGAGUAGCCUGUUUGUGGAAGAAAGCAGACAGUUGCUGUCCUAUGCACUCAUCCACCCUGCCACCACACUGGAUGACCGCACCUCUCUGGCCAUGUGGCUAAACCACUUGGAGGAGCACCUAUCUAGUGGCUAUGCACCCAGGGCCCCAUCUAGCCCCUACCACCCGCGCCAGGGCUCAGAUGAAUGGCCCAGCUCUGCUGAGGCUCUGGACCCUGGCCUCACCUGGCACGAAAAGCCCCCUUCAUCCAGCACAUCUCCAGCGGGUCAGAACGGACACAUGCCUUUCCCAGGCGGGAUGUCAUCUCCCAUCAACAGCAAUAACGCGGGUCUAGGUGGGCAGAUGCAGCCCAGCCCUCUGAAGAAGCCCAUGUGCGUUAUUCCUUCCAGUCUACAGGCUUGUGGCUCUGAGUGGGUUAGCCAGGAUGAUGCAGGGGGCCGGCAGAACUUAUUUCCAACAGACCACGCACCCCUUUCACCCCAGAGCAGUGUAGCCUCCUCAGGCAGUGAGCAGACAGAAGAACAGGGCUCCAGUCGCAACACCUUCCAAGAGGAUGGCAGUGGCAUGAAAGAUGUUCCCGCAUGGUUAAAGAGUCUACGCCUUCAUAAAUAUGCAUCACUUUUCUCGCAGAUGACCUAUGAGGAGAUGAUGAUUCUCACAGAGCAGCACCUGGAGUCACAGAACGUUACUAAAGGAGCACGGCAUAAGAUCGCCUUGAGUAUCCAGAAACUGCGAGAGAGACAGAGUGUGCUCAAGUCUUUAGAAAAGGAUAUUUUGGAAGGGGGAAACCUGCGAAACGCCCUCCAAGAGAUGCAACAAAUCAUCAUCACACCCAUCAAGGCCUACAGCCCACCCAGUGCAGCACAGACUGCCUCGGACACCUCCACCGCCCCGGACACAGCCACCUCCUCUACAGAAGCCACAAAAACAGGAGCAGACAAAGAGCCGGCCUCAGAGGGUUUCCAGUCCCACAACCCACCUCCCUGUGAUGGAGACUCAUCAGCCACACCCAUCUCAGACGGCGACAUUGCUGGACAGUUCACCCGAGUCAUGGGUAAAGUGUGCACCCAGCUGCUGGUGUCAAGGCCAGAUGAGGAGAAUAUCAGCUGUUACCUUCAGCUCAUUGAGAAAUGUCUGAUACAUGAGGCUUUUACGGAAACUCAUAAGAAAAGGCUGGUCUCCUGGAAGCAGCAGGUCCUCAAACUGCUCCGCCUGUUCCCUCGGAAAGCUAUGCUGGACAUGCCUGUGUACCGACAGAAAGGCUGGACCUAUGGGUCCAACUCCCUCCCCACAGCAGGCUCUGUGAGUGGAGGUGUAGCACGGCGAGGCCAAAGGCAGUUCCAGAUGACGCCUCGUGGACUCCCAGCUGGGCGCAUGGGUCUUCUGAGUCCCGGCGGGAUUGGAGGAGCUUCUCCACGACACACACUCACUAGUCCUGCGCUGGCAGGCCAGGGUAGACAAAACCUGUGGUUUGCCAACCCUGGGGGCAGUAACAGCAUGCCAAGUCAGAGUCGCAGCUCUGUGCAGCGGACCCACUCACUCCCUGUCCACACUUCCCCGCAAACCAUGCUCAUGUUCCAGCAGCAAGAAUGCCAAGUUCCAGGUGCUGACCUGGAGAUCAACCCCACGCUGGAGUCACUGUGCCUCAGUAUGACAGAGCAUGCCUUAGGGGAUGGAACAGACCGGACAUCAACAAUAUGAAAAGAAGAAAGGAAAAAAACACUUCAUUUGAGGCCUGUUAAGUUCCUCAUCACCCAGCACAAAGAUAUACGUAUGCUUAAGAAAACCAGGCAAAGCAGUCACUACAAAAUGACAAAAAAACUGUGUAUAUGUUCUCUAAUAUUUUUGUACUUUAUUAUAUACAACUAAGUUUAUUAAAAAUGGAAUACAGAUGAUUAUUAUAUUGCAAGACAGAGGAAAAAAACACAAAACUGCUCCAUGUCACCUGCAGGACUGUGACAUGAUGUGCAGAGGCUCAGUUUGCCGUGGUCUGAGCGAAAAAUGGUGGAUUGGUGCUGUCUUAAGGGUUCAGCCCUAUGAGUUACUUUUCUUUUCCUCCUGCCUCGGAGCAAGGCUUCUUUCCAGAACACAUCCCCAGCACCACAUAAGAUUAGUAGAUUCAAAAAAUUUCCAGCCAGAAGUAAGGCACUUUUAUUAAAAAUUUCUCUGAUAUUAGCCUCCAAACUAUAACUGGCCCUGCGAUACACUCACUUGUAGACAAGUGUUUGAUAUACAGAAACCAAUACACUUCCUGGCCACCCUAAUUGUUCUGCAUUCAGUGCUAGUGAGGACUUGUGUUGGUUGAAACAUAGACAGCUUUCUUUGGUUCUUUUGAUCCUCUCUAGACAACAUGUUUGUGCAGGAAACGGGAGGACCAAAAGGAUUUAGGAAAUGCUUGUAAUUCAACUGUAGGCUUAUUCUUUGUCUUGGUUGUUUUCCCUGAACUCAUAAUCAAAGUGACUGUCCUCCUCUAAACUUCUACAAAGCCAAAGAGAAGGGUUGUGCGAUUGUUAAUUUGAGAAGGAUAUUUGGAGUGAAAUGUAACAGAAUGGUAUAAUUGUUUUUAAAGAACAGCAGUUUGAAGACUUCAUGCCAGCUGCAAUUUGUCUGUUAUUUUAUGCCCUACUACAUAAAUGAUGAUGAAUCUCAUUUUGUGCCGAGGAAUCCCCAGAGGAGUGAAUAAGGGCUGGUGGGGUUUGUACUGUGCGAGAGCUGAUUUGAUAUUGAAUUGAUAAAAGGAAGGAGGGUAGAGUGUUUUCAAUUUACACUCUAAUGCUGGGUGAGAAAACUAAAUGAAACCCAUCUCAGCCCUCCGCCCCCCAUAUGAUUGGCUCGGGAAAAUGAAGCUUGAUCUUGUAAUAAAUGCUCCGGAUCGCAGCGUCUCACCCUCGCAGUGCCCUCUUCCUCAAAUGGCCAACGUGAUGAUUUGAUGAAUCAUACUUUUCAAGGUGCUUGACGAUGUCCAUAUUUUCUGGUUGUGUCUCAGUGUGUUUCAGUCUCAGAACCCUAACAUUAUCAUGUGGUAUCAGUGUUGAAUCAAAAACUGUCUUAUACGGCCUCUGUCUUUGAAUGUGGCAGAGCGGAGGUGCAUGUGUGUGUAAUAUGGUCUUAACUUUUGGAUCACUUUUGGUUGCAUCAUAAGGCAGGGAUAACCAUUCACAUUUUAUUUCAGCAGAGUCAUAGGAGGUCUGUCUAGUAAAAGAUGGUUAUUUACAGAUAUGUUUUCCAAUUGUAUUUUUUACUCUCCCUUGAUAUUGAUAACUUAUGCUUAUUUUCUAUAAUCGCAUGUUUUGCCACACUAAUACAGCACUGUUGUAGAUAGAGAACGUGGUGGUUGAUGGUGCCCAGUCACCAACAGCUAGAGAGCAGAAAUCUUGCAACUAAUGUUGUAUGUUUAUAUCGCCUAAAUGUCACUGUUUACAUCUCUCUGGGAUAACGCCCAAUUCAUGUUAUGUGAUGUCAUGAAUUCUCCAUUGUCUCAUUAUGUAACACAUUAAAGAUCUGACGUCUUCUCGCACAUGAGCUGGCUGGGUAGAGCCUGAAAACAAAAGUCAUCUACCCUAGUAAUCCAUGGACUCUGUCUGAGUCUCAGUAGAUUUACAGUGAUAACUGUAUGAGGCAUGUAACGCCUGCUUCUCUGGUCAUGCAGUGAAGAGAGAGAAUAGCUUUUCCUGGCCUUGUGAGUGAACUGUUGGCUGUCAUGUCCUGAUAAACUGUUAAUGUGGUGCCUGAAAUGCACAGCUCCAGCAUCCUCAAUAUGUUGAUUUAAUGGUCUUGAGUAGUAUUCUAGUCAUGGAUUUCUUCAGAGCAGGCUCUUGGAUAGAUCUGACUUACUAAAUGCAUCACACUCAUGCUUGUGAAAAAGGAUGUCUGCUAGUUAACAAUGCUGACAAUUUUAAGACUUGGCUAUCUCAUUUUUAACUAUUCACUAUACUGUAUAUCAUAUUGUGUUUUGUUACAAAUGGCUCAGAUUAUCCUUUUCAUGGCCUCUGUAGCUUUGUACAACCCACAUAUUACUGCAAAUAGACACAGGUACAAUGCAGCAGAUUUCAAGUGUCUGUGCAUAAUGAAGAUGCAGCAGGGGAUGACGAUGCUUAUCUGAGACAAAAAUUAUGUGAUUAUGAGUAAACUGAACACUAAUAAUAGGCCAAGGAAUAUGUUUACUCCAUGUUUACAUUCCAGUGAUGCAUGAAAUGAUUUGGGAAAUACACUUCAUAAGUUCAGCCUGGUGUAUUUUCACAUACCAAGCAUCCACUAGGAGGUACAGAGCCUGUGUCAUAUGGAGACUUACCAAGUGGUCUCGAGGUCAUGUUAAUGUACCUGCCAGGCUUAAUUAUUGAAUUAAUGCAGCCAGCUAGAGGCUACAUUGAUUAUAUUUGUCUUGUACAAUUUAUAUUUAAUUCUGAUGACUCCCGUGACAUUUUCUAAUAUUUUAUGAACGUUUUGCAUCCCAUGCUUACUCUACUUUUUUACGGUCACUUGUGUGUGAAUGGUAUGAAGUGCAGCAUCCGUCGGAUCAUUGAGAGUCCAAAUAAAGAGGUUCAUUUCUUAUGCAACUUCA